CGCCCAAUUGGGGCACCAGCCCUUCUCAAAAAUGGCUGCCUCGGUGCUUCUAGAAGGGAACCUCUCUAGGCCCCGCCUUUGAUCUCGUUGGUGAGGCUGGGGGAUGCGAACUGCACCGCGCGGGAGUAGUCGCCGGCGGCGCCCGACGGAGCAGAAGAGGCGAGAGCAUGGAGCUGGAGAGGAUUGUCAGCACUGCCCUCCUCUCCUUUGUCCAGACGCACCUACCCGAGGCUGACCUCAGUGGCCUGGAUGAGGUCAUCUUCUCCUACGUGCUGGGGGUCCUGGAGGACCUGGGUCCCUCGGGCCCGUCAGAGGAGAACUUCGACAUGGAGUCCUUCAUUGAGAUGAUGGAGGCCUACGUGCCCGGCUUCGCACACAUCCCAAGGGUUACAAUUGGGGACAUGAUGCAGAAGCUGUCAGGGCAGCUGAGUGGUGCUAGGAACAAAGAGAAUCUACAGCCACAGGGCUCAGAGGUCCAAGGUCAGGUAUCUAUCACCCCAGAGCCCCUGCAGCGGCCCAACAAGCUCAAAGAAGAGUCGAGGUCUUCUGCUGCAGCUGGGGACAGCCUGGAUGAGGCAGUGGGCGAUGAGGAGGAGCUGCUGCCGGGGGUGGACGUCCUCCUGGAGGUCUUCCCGACGUGUUCAGUGGAGCAGGCCCAGUGGGUGCUGGCCAAGGCACGAGGGGACUUGGAAGAAGCUGUGCAGAUGCUGGUGGAGGGGAAGGAGGGGCCUCCAGGCUGGGACGGGCCUAACCAGGACCUGCCCAGGCGGCUCCGAGGUCCCCAGAAAGAUGAGCUGAAGUCCUUCAUCCUGCAAAAGUACAUGAUGGUGGACAGUGCAGAGGAUCAGAAGACUCACCGGCCCAUGGCUCCCAAGGAGGCUCCCAAGAAACUGAUCCGAUACAUUGACAACCAGGUGGUGAGCACCAAAGGGGAGCGAUACAAGCAUGUGCGGAACCCUGAGGCCGAGGAGAUGAAGGCUACGUACAUCAACCUCAAGCCAGCCAGGAAGUACCGCUUCCACUAAGCUGCUUGCCGCACUCUGCCGAGCCUUUGCAGGCUCAGGUCCCAGAGGGAUGCAGGAGCCCUCCCCGCCACACAGGGCUCGCCCAAAUUCCAGCCCCCUUCUCUACUCUCUCUCUUCUUCUUGCUCCACAGUGUUAACCUCUUGGAGGUGCCCAAGGGCAUAGUAAAGGUGGAUAGGGAUGGUG